AUGUCCACUUUACAGCGUCGUAGGGUGAAUAAGAGUGAAAAUGCUAGCAAUGGCAUUGAGGACAGAGAGGAUGAUGGUACUAGCAGUGGUAAGAUUGCUUAUGACCCGGAGGAGUCUAAGCUACAGAACGAUUCCAAGCAGCCUACGUUGACAUUGAUGGAGGAAGUUUUACUGAUGGGUCUCAGAGAUCGUGAGGGUUACUUGUCCUUUUGGAACGACAGUAUAUCUUAUGCGCUUCGUGGCUGUAUCCUGAUCGAAUUGGCCUUGAGAAAUAAGAUUCGGAUUUUGGAUGCUCCGGCCAGAAUGAGAUUUGAUAUAUCUGAAAGACUUAUCGAGGUGAUAGACAGCAGUAAGACAGGUGAAGUUUUGCUGGAUGAGACUUUACAAUUGAUGGUGAACGACGAACCUUUGUCUAUUGCAAACUGGAUUGACUUGCUAAGUGGUGAGACUUGGAACCUGUUGAAGAUAAACUAUCAAUUGAAACAAGUUAGAGAGAGAUUGGCCAAGGGACUGGUAGAUAAAGGUGUAUUAAGGACGGAAAUGAAGAAUUUCUUUUUGUUUGAUAUGGCUACACACCCAGUUUCAGAUUCGAGUUGUAAAGAAGCCAUUAAGCGCAGAAUACUAUCCGUCUUAGUCUCCAGAAAUAUGGAAAUUUCAUACAACAGCUAUUUUCCGGAAUCUACCAAUUUUAAAUUGAUCAGAACAGUAUCCUUGAUAGCGGGUGCAUAUGGGGCUAACGUAUUGGAAAAUGUCAUAAGUUCACUAGAAUACGACAAGAGAGAUAAAGCCAUCACACGAGCAGAAGAAAUUCUGGCACAAUUUUCACAAUAUCCAUUUGACUUGCAGAAAGAAUCCAAAGAUGGGAUCUCCGUUAACUUGAACAAGGAAUUACAAGAAGAAUUAGAGUCGAAUCCAGGAAGUGAUUUAAAACUUGAAGUUAUUGCUGGUGUAUUUGAAGUUUUCUCUAGAAUGGACAUGCUAUUAUAG